AUGUUUUCAUCAUUUGUUGACGGUAUGCAUCCACAUCAACAUUUUCCACUUAUGCAAUUACCUGAUCGACAACAAAUGCAAAUUCCAACUGGUUAUCAUCCACAACAACAACAAGGAACAUUACCACAUAUGAUGCCACAAGCGCAACAAGUCCAUCAUUUAAUUCCACAAUCACAAGCAACAUCAACACAAAAUCGUGAUCAUCAUCAGCAUUCUCAUCCAGCUAAAGAAAUGAAUAAACCAAAAGGUCGAAUGAGUGCAUAUACAUUUUUUGUACAAAAAUGUCGAGAUGAACAUAGAAAAGCAUAUCCAAAUGAGAAUGCUAAUUUUAGUGAAUUCUCAAAAAAAUGUGCUGAAAAAUGGAAGACAAUGACUGAUACUGAAAAAUCCAAAUUUGCUGCACAAGCUGAAAUAGAUAAACAGCGAUUUGAACGUGAAAUGGCUGCUUAUCAACCCGGUGAAAAACGAAAAAAGAAAAAAAAAGAUCCAUUGGCACCAAAACGACCAUUAUCGGCAUUUUUUCAUUAUUGUAAAGAAGAACGUCCUAAAUUAAAAGCAUUAAAUCCAAGUUUAUCAGUUGGUGAAAUAGCUAAAGAAUUAGGUGAUCGAUGGAAUCGUACAGCACCUGAUGGAAAACAAACUUAUGAAGAAGCUGCACAACGAGAUAAGGAAAGAUAUGAAAAAGAAAUGAAUGAUUUUAGAUUAGCUAAUAAAAAAGCUGCUAAAUCAAAUUCAUCAUCUCAGGCAUUAACACAACAACAACAAACACAUCACUCCGAUCAACAAUCACAACAACAACAACAACAACAACAACAACAACAACAACAACAACAGCAGCAGCAGCAACAACAACAGCAACAACAGUACUCUUCUGUACCAUACCAAUUAUCGCCGUUCAAUCCAAUGCAAUCUUUUCAACCACAAGCUUUUGCUCAAAUGAACAAUUUCCAAGAUAAUGGUUUGGCAGCUUCGCUUUUUCCUCAUUAUAAUGGCUAUUCGUUACAAAUGCCACAUAACAAUGUUCAAAUGCAACAAUUUCAAGCAUUACAACAACAACAAUUACAACAACAUCUUCAACACCAAACUUACCAAACCUUAACAACAGCUAAUACAAAUUCAACGAAUAAUAAUAAUAAUACAAAUAAUAAUAAUGGUGAACAACAACAUGAUGAUGAUGAUGGUGAUGAUGAUGACGAUGAUAAUGAAUCUGAAGUUGAAGAAUAA